GACAAGUCGCCCGUGAUCAAGGCGAUGCAGCAGGAGGGCCAGGACUUCGCGCAGGUGGCGAACCAGAAGCGCGCGGAGGUCAGCAGGCUGAAGGACCAGGCCAAGGCGGCGAAGGACACGGACGGAGCAGCGGCCCGCCAGUUCGACCAGGAGGCCGACAAGAUGAUGGAGGGACUCCGCGGCUUGGGCCCUCCAGCGCCCGCGGUCUUCUGCGCCAUGAUCGAGGCGCUGGCGAACGAGGAGAUCGGCAAGAGACUCAAAGACGUCCUGGUCGCACUCUUGGCCGAGAUGGAGGAGGCGCCACCCACCUACGUUCGCCUGUGCCGCCUGGAGAGCUGCAAGCAGCCCGACAUGCUGAAGGUGGUGUUCGCGCUGGACCGUGUGGACCUCGAGGUGCAGGUGAUGGAAGCGUUUCGCUCGAUGGGAGUAGUGACGACGGUGGGAGCGGCGCCGAGUGGGUACCUCGAGGACGAGAUCUCGGCCUGGAUCGACGUGCUGAAGGACGCCUGA